AUAACCCGCUCGAAGGUAUAGAAUCAUCCGAAUUAGUGGCCGAUGUCAAAGCAUUCCACAAUAAUCUUGGCCUUGAAAUGGUCGUCGAUUUGCAAACCCUCAUCAAUGGCGCGAGACUCGCCAAAGACCGCCGAUUGUACUAUGUCCCGUCCGGACUCACCCGUGCGGAGCUGGAGGAUAUAAAAAGGGAAAGGGAGGAUUCGGAUAGAUAUCUGUCGUUUUUGCCGACCAGGGGCCUCCUUGUUACUAUUAUGGUCACGGCUUGUGCGGCAAUCACACAGGGAUGGCAGCAAUCAACAAUCAAUGGCAGCGCACUUUUGAAGUGGCAGGAUGACCUGGGCCUCGAUACUGGGAGUGAUAGACUUUUGAUUGGAUUCAUCAAUGCAGCUCCUUGGCUCUCCGGCAGUCUUCUAACGACUGCAGCAUAUUACUCUUCAGCCGACUCUAACCACAAGUUCAGAGGAACAUGGGUGAGCGAUCCGCUCCAAGAAAGGUUCGGAAGACGUCCCGCGCUUUUCCUUUCUGCUAUUUUCUGUGUUGCUGUUGUGAUAGGUAGAACAGCUCAUUGCCAUUCAUGGAAGACACUACUGGCCUGUCGAGUACUUCUUGGUGUGGGGAUCGGAUCAAAAGCGUCGAUAGCUCCUAUAUUUGCCGCCGAAGCAGCACCUGAUAAACAUCGAGGUAAAAUCUUGAUGUUGUGGCAACUUUUUGACGCACUUGGAAUAUUUCUCGGUUUCUUCUGUGCACUGAUUGUGAUGGACAAUUGGAGAGUACUCCUGGCGACUGCGAUAAUUCCCGCCAUAGUUCUUCUCUUUUUGGUGUUCAUUUGUCCCGAGUCGCCACGAUUUCUGAUACAGAGGAAUCGAUAUGCAGAUGCAUAUAGAAGCCUUCUCGAGCUCCGAGGAACACCGAUUCAAGCCGCCCGAGACCUUUACUACAUCCAUGCUCAGCUUCAGACCGAGGCUACCAAGAUGUGGAAUCAGGAAGAGACAUCGUGGUGGUCGGAGCGAGAAAGGAUCUACGCCUACCAAAGUUGGAUCAACAGAGUCAAUUUCUUCGAACGGAUGAUGUAUCUCGCCACCAAUCCGCGAACUAGAAGAGCAUGUACGGUGGCUUUGAUAGUAAUGGCAUCGCAACAACUAUGUGGUAUCAAUGUUUUGGCAUUCUAUUCAUCCUCGCUUUUGCACACCGACCAGAGUAACUCGAGCAAACCGAGUGACGCCUUGUUUACUUCUCUCACAGUCGUCAAGUGGUACAACUUUUCUUUUGGUCUAGCAAGCUUUUUUUUCACUUUGCCUGCAUAUAUCUUUAUUGACUCACGGGGACGUCGGCCUCUGCUACUUGGCUCAUUUCUUGGGAUGCUUCUCAGUCUGAUAGCAGUCGGCGGCUUUUUCAAAGUUGAAGCUCACGGCACUCGAUUAAUCCUAGUAGCAGUCUUUAGCUGUGCCCCUUUCGUCUUUUUCUACUCGAUCGGUGCUGGGCCUAUUCCAUUUACGUUGAGUGCAGAGGUAUUCCCUCUGUGCGUGCGCGAGGUGGGAAUGAGCUUCAGUGUUAUGGUCAAUUUCCUUGGUCUCGGGCUUUUAGUACUCUUUGUACCUCAGUUGACGAGUAGAUUCCACGGCGAGGGGAAUCUUCUCUUCUUCUUCUCAGGCUUGAAUUUAUUGGCACUCAUUUUGAUUUUCUUCUUGUCAAUCGAGCAACAGAAGAACAUAUCCGAGACCACUUGA